AUGCGGGACCCGCGGGGCGCCGUCAUGCCUGUGCUGCCCGUGCCUGUGCUGCCCGUGCCUGUGCUGCCCGUGCCUGUGCUGCCCGUGCCUGUUGCUGCCCGUGCCGGUGCUGCGCGUGCCUGGUGCUGCCCGUGCCUGUGCUGCCCGUGCCUGUGCUGCCUGUGCCUGUUGCUGCCCGUGCCUGUUGCUGCCCGUGCCUGUGCUGCCCGUGCCUGUGCUGCCCGUGCCUGUGCUGCCCGUGCCUGUGCUGCCCGUGCCUGUGCUGCCCGUGCCUGUUGCUGCCCGUGCCUGUGCUGCCCGUGCCUGUUGCUGCCCGUGCCUGUGCUGCCCGUGCCUGUGCUGCCCGUGCCUGUGCUGCCCGUGCCUGUGCUGCCCGUGCCUGUUGCUGCCCGUGCCUGUGCUGCCCGUGCCUGUGCUGCCUGUGCCUGUUGCUGCCGGUGCCUGUUGCUGCCCGUGCCUGUGCUGCCCGUGCCUGUGCUGCCCGUGCUGUGCUGCCCGUGCCUGUGCUGCCCGUGCCUGUGCUGCCCGUGCCUGUUGCUGCCCGUGCCUGUGCUGCCCGUGCCUGUUGCUGCCCGUGCCUGUGCUGCCCGUGCCUGUGCUGCCCGUGCCUGUGCUGCCCGUGCCUGUGCUGCCCGUGCCUGUUGCUGCCCGUGCCUGUGCUGCCCGUGCCUGUGCUGCCCGUGUCUGUGCUGCCCGUGCCUGUUGCUGCCCGUGCCUGUGCUGCCCGUGCCUGUGCUGCCCGUGCCUGUGCUGCCCGUGCCUGUGCUGCCUGUGCCUGUUGCUGCCCGUGCCUGUGCUGCCCGUGCCUGUGCUGCCCGUGCCUGUGCUGCCCGUGCCUGUUGCUGCCCGUGUCUCGUGCUCGCGCCCCCCUGUCGCUGA